AUGAAGCUUCUUCUUCCUCUCUUUGCCAGCCUCAUGCUACAGUGUCAGGUGAAAUCAGAAUUUUUUGUCAUAAAAAGAUGCCUAAUGGGCUUUGGGAAAUGCAAAGACAGCUGCCUCACUGAGGAAAUGGAGAUACAGACCUGCAAAUCCAAAAAAUGCUGCGUUGGCUCCAGAGUGACCAAACUGAUUAAAAGCUACCUGCGACACGAAAUACCCCGCUUACCCGAUGACGACAUCAUCGAGAUGCUGAGGAGCGAGAAGAAUUCCAGAGAAGAGAUGAGAAGAAAACAGGCCUUGGUCACACUCUCCCAAAUCCGAGCCGCCAACCACCUUCCGCCCAGUAUCAACUCCGCCCUUGUCCCAAAUGCCUCCCCUGUCAAGUCUGUCACCACCAAGAUCGGGAGAAGCUGCCCCAGUCACGCUGCUUCGGCCAAGAGGCACACCAAACAAAGCAAGGAUUCUACCAAGGCCUCCCUUCAGCCCCCAGCUGGACCGCCUUAG